CUCUGGUGUCCGCUUUGCUAUGGAUGACAACUUAGAGCUACCAACAUCAGCCCCCAAACCAGGCGCAGACGCAGAAAAGGAGGAAGAGGAGCAAUCUUCCGGAGACGAGGACCAGGGUCCGGAUUGGACGAAAAUUCCUGGUCUCUCCACCGCGCGGCCUGUGAUACCGAAGAGAGGAGAGAAGGAUUUUGAACCUACCACGCACGGGGGGUCCGGUUUGCAAAGACAUGUUCUCGACCGAUCGCGUUCAGCCAUGCUAGAGGCACUAAAGGCGACGCGUACCAUCUCGAACAAGUCUGUGAGCCAUGCCAUCUGGUACCCGCAGCUGAAGCGGGCGCACGUUACGGUCGCGAGAGGCAUUCAUUUCAUUACUAUGGGUCACUCUGUCGCAAGGCCAUCCGCCACGUCUGAAAGCGUGAAGAAGAUACAAAGACGGUUAGAACUCCUCCCGGAAGAGGCGCUGUACUUGGUGGAGAGAGGCGCGAUGUACUGUUGGAGCCCAACGGACCUGCCAUUGCCAAAGAGCGAAUUGCUCGAUGAUCUGGAAGGCAUCCCUAUGUCUGUUCAACAGGCCUAUACGGAGAUGAUCGGGACAGAGGAUCUCACCUUUGAGAGGUACCAGGUCUACGCGUAUCUCAAACGGCUGGGUUAUGUCGUUACGAGGACCACACCACCCUCUCCGGACUACCCAACACCAUCGUCAGCUGGUUCAACACAAGCUUUUGGGUCUGUUCUCAACAGAUUGUACCGCUCGAUCUCCUCUUUCCUUUCGCGGCUUGUACCAGUAUUCGUUGGCGGACGCGACUGGUGGCGACCGAUAACUAUUGGUCGUUGGCUCCAUCAUAACAUGGACAAUACUUCGUUGUUCAAAUCCCUCCGUUUCCUGUCAUCCGGAUACGACGUUCCCCUCCACAUCCAACAGACACCGAGUGCACCUGCAUCUUCAUAUCGGCUCUUUUAUAACUUAUACAAGCCGUCUACUCCUUUAAAGAAGACGGCUCCGCCACCACCCGACUUCCAAGUCGUAGUAGUUAACGCGCGAACAACCCCCAUGCCAACGAUCUCUGAGCUCACUGAUCUUUUCGGAGAGCUGCCGGAGCUCCCGCCGCCCGUCCCGCGCAAACGAGUGUCCUUCGCUCAGCAAAAACUGGCCGCCUCAGCUCCGACGCAAACUCCUGCUCCACAAACAUCAUUGACACCUGCGUCCAGCCAGGCGUCGCUAGCAAGCAGGGUAUGGGUGUGGGUAUGGCCAUGGUCACAAGCGGAUGACAAGGCAAAAGCUCCCCGCCCGACCAACCCCUUCCCUUCGCUCAAGACCGGGAAGAAGAUGGUUGUUGUUGCUGUAGUGGAUGCUGGGGCGAUCAGCUUCUUCAGGUUCGGGCAAGGCGUUUUCACGGAAUGGCCUAUGUCGUGA